UUAAAUAAAAUAUGAAGCUGAAAUCUUUGUCUCAAAAACCCAAAAAAUUCUUAGACAGAGAAGGGGUUGAGACCGAGGGAGAUGAUACUACCAUUGGCAAAGCUAGGAACCCUUGCACUGAGAACCUUAUGCAAACCCAUUGCUAAUCGCCUCAAGAAAGAGGCCGGUUUGCAUCCCAGGUUCCGUCAGUUCAUCAUCAACAUUGCCCAGGCUAAUCAUCGAUUUACAACAAGGAUGCAAAGGCGUAUCUAUGGUCAUGCAGUUGAUGUUGUGAUUCGCCCUUUGAAUGAGGAGAAAGCUAUCCAAGCUGCUGCAGAACUUCUUGGAGAGCUCUUUGUGUUUUCGGUACCUCUAUUCUCUCUUCACAUUUCUAAUCUUAGAUGUUUCAAGGGUUCCAAUGUGUACAAAUACAACUAAAAGUUCGCUCAGGGAGAGUUUUGUGCAUGACUUAUGCAAAAGCAUGGUUUUGACAAGUUUAGGCUCUUUGCUCAAUGUGAUUUAUAAGGUAAAUCCUCUGGCUUCCUGGGGUUUUAGACUGUACAAUCUGUAUUUGCGUGAAACACCACCAUGUCAUAUCCAAUUGUGGUCCCACUGAAGAAGGUAUUCCUAUGAUGGUUGAAUUGAAAUGGUUUUAAUUUAUAGCAUUUUGCUAACGUGGAAGCUUUGCAGACUUUAAUGUACAUUCUCUCACUUGUCAGACCAAGAAUUUUUCUAUUCUAUUAGACCAUGACUUGUAUAUUCACAAAUGUUAUAUGGUUUAUUGUAUUAUGGUCAAUAUGGCUUUGGAGGAACCAAUGUAUUUUUAAAGAAGAGUUGGACUUUCAGGAAGGGCUGAUGGAACUGGUAAAACUUAGAACCUAUUACUGGCAUAGAGCUUUGAAAAGACAAGAUUUAUGUUUAGAAAAGUGGUGCAAUGCACCUAAGAAAGCUGUUUAGGAAUGAACUAAAUUUUGGAAU